AUGAGAACUUCAAUCUUUUUACAACUACUUCCUACCCUGCUCGUGGGGAUUGCUUUUUUCUUCCCUCAGACUGCUUCCAGGCCAUCAGCCUUGGCUUCCACUCUCAUUUCUUCGGGUCGCGAACAACUUAACAAACUCGCUAAGCGAAAGUGGACCUUCUUGUCCUAUAAGCAACCUUUUGCUGGAAACGAAGAUGCGACCUUGAUACCACCCUGGUACAUUUUGUACAAUAUGAUUUACAACCGGAAAAAGACCAUUGGUCUUGAAGAAACCGUCCUUUAUGGCACUAAUGGUACCACGGUUCAUUGGGGAAACUAUCUUAAGAUCGCGAAGGUCGACAGCACGUCCAACGUACCCAAGAGCUAUUCUUUCCUUGGGAUGACCUCGGAUCUGAACAACAGGAUUAAAGAUUACUCCUCUAUUCCAGCAUCAUACAAGUGGUCUCGUCGUAACCGUAAAGCAGGCUUCAAAGGGAACGUUUGCUUCGACUUUGUUGUUUCCAAUGGCCCUAACAAAAAAUCGGACCACGAAUUGAUGCUGUGGCUCGAAUGGGAAGGAGGUCAGGGGCCAAUCGGUACUGGCGAUGCCACCAUGCGAAUCAAAAACCUUUACGGUCAAGACUGGACCUUGUACCAGGGCAUGAACACCGACAUCAACGUUCCGGUUAGGUCUUUGGUUCCCGAUACCCCAUACAAAAACUUCUUCGCGGGUGACAUGAAGGAUUGGUUGAUGAAACUCGUCGAGGCUAAAAUAUUUCGAGACGACGCGUACCUCUUCACAGCCAAUCUAGGGAUGGAAGCAUUUUGGGGAGAAUCAAUUUUCUCGGCACACUCCUCGCUACAGCUUUUGUGGGAUGGGAACCAUCAUCAAAGUGGCUACAUGCCCCCAAGCUAUCAAACACCCACUCCCGGAAGUGUGGUUCCAGGCUACGAGAACACUCGCUGA